AGAAAUCAAAGUCACGCGAUCAAGGCCAAUAACUGGCAGCGAAGGUACUUUACUCGAUUCUUUCACGGUAUGCCUUGCGCUUGUGGAGCUGUUUAGACAUCUAAAGUGUACCACGAAAGUUGAAUGGAAAGAUUGCCACCAAACACGAUCACAGAGAAGGAAAUCCUUCGUUUUCAAGAGGAUGGGGCUCUUUGUUUAAGAGCUGUUUUCAGUCAUAGAUGGAUUGAUCUCUUGCGAAGAGGGAUUGAAUUCAAUAGGCUCCACCCAUCCGAUAUGACAAGACGUAAGGGCCACACGCCUCUCUUCUUUCACGAUUACAGCAACUGGAAAAAUAUUCCUGAAUACGAGGAGUUCAUUCGCCAUUCCCCAGUUGGCGAAAUAACAGGACGAAUUCUUCAGUCUUCGGUAGCUGCGCUGUAUUCCAAUCACGUGAUCGUGAAAGACAGCGGAUCAACCAAACAAACCCCAUGGCACCAGGAUCAGGCUUAUUAUGAGAUUGAUGGACAGCAGGUUUGUUCUGUGUGGCUCCCAGUGGACCCAGUCUCCGAACACACCUGUCUUCGUCUUGUGAAAGGUUCUCACAAGUUUCCACAUUACUUUAAACCUGUUCAUUUUGACGGCCCUCCUUUUACGUCCUACGAAACAAAGCCUGGAAAAGAAAAGAGAGCUGAUGAAUUUCUUUCGACACCAGAUGUUGAUGGAAACGACCAAUAUCAAGUCUUGUCCUGGAAUAUGGAGCCGGGAGACUGCAUUGUUUUCCACAUGAAAACAGUUCACGGUGCGCAUGGCAAUAAUCUAGAGACGCCUCGACGAGCUUUCUCUACACGAUGGCUGGGAGAUGAUGCUGUUAAAGGAGAACGACCUUGGAUAAAUCUACCACCAAGUAACGAGAUCAGAAACUUGAAAAUAGGAGAGAACCUCAUUAAGUCGGGUGCAUUCACUGUUACUUGGACCGUAUAGAGCAAUUUUUAAUAGAAUGUCGAUAGUAAUCCGAGAUUGCUUUGGUUUAGUUUUACUUCGCUCCGUGAUUGGUAAAAAACUCGCACCGCUCUCCCAACCAAUCGGAAGUGACAUGGUCACUCGCCUUUUCCCGCGCUUGAGGCAGCUUGGUGGUUUUCACUCUGCGUUCUCAUUGGUUCUUAAAGUUAUUUCCUCUUAUUCUGAUCGACCGUUGUGAUUACCUUGUUUUAGACACUCAAUCGAAAAGCCCUCCAAUGGAUAUUGAUGCUGAUGAUAAAAUUAACAUUUUGUCAGGAUACUUUUUAAAGGCAAAUUUUGCCAUAUUUUUUCAAAGUUCUUUCAGGUAGUACUAAAACGAGGAACAAAUUGCUAGUCCUUGUAAUAAAUUUCCAGGUGUCACAUUUAGCGGAAGAAAGGAGGAGUCGUGGUUUUCGCAAAUUAAAAAAAACCAGACAUGGGCAAAUCUACAGGCCAAUAUCUUUGCUACUACAAAAACUUGGGAGUAAGUUAGGUUCGCUUUCAUACACUGGUAUAUUAGAGAAAGUCUCAAAAAGGAUUCAGUUCAUAACACGGUUUAUUUUGUACUUCGGAUGUCUUAUUCCUUUACAAACCCUCACGUGGCCAUUUGAAUAACUUAACUAUGUCUUGCUUUCCACGAGCAUUGCGUUCGAUCUCAUUUCUUUGCGACAUCUCGGCCUUCCGUCCAAUUAUUUGUGACGUGGUCUCUGGAAAUGGCAUCUUGUUGGCGUUGCCAAGCAACACCUGAGCCUGUUCUGUACCAUCUUUCUCUUCGCUCUCUGUACUAGUCACCAGGCUUUCUUGUUUACGUUCUUCAUCCACCUCAAACUCAUCUUGGCCGAUUCUCAGUGUCUCGAGCUGUAACUAAAUCGCAAUGGUAUGAAAGGAACGUUGUCUGAAAUUUUCAAUGAAAUGUUCCAAAAGAUAUUACGCGCAAAAGCAUGAGUACUAAUAAGAAAUGAAAAGUUCACUCUCGGGAGUUCACCAGCGAGGACAUUGUUUUUGUUAAUUAUGUGCUUUGACGAAUUGGCCAUAGCUUUGUUACAUCACACGUGAAAAACGAAACAGAAAAUCACAAUGCAGCUCUUUUGAAAAUGUUUCCUUGCAUCUCAAUAGUAUUUGAUCCAGUUAUCAGUACUCUCGCGUUUUGACGUAACUCAGCCUGAAUGCUCCCUACUUGAUAUUUUCCGUCCCUCUACACAAUGACGUGCAGGGCGCUCUACAGAACAUGCUUACCCGAUGGUAUUCAUUAGCCAGAAAUCCCCACUUAUCCGGCCAUCGCCUCUGAGAGAGGAGUUCUCUAUUUACAUGAUCUUUCCUGUAAUCGAUUGAAAAAUAAAGAAUACAAGAAACA